CUCACCUGCACUCAUUAAACACAACAUGGCACCUGCUGGCCGGGGUGUUGUGGUAGCGCUCUCACUGCUGUAUUUAUGCCGAGCAAUUUUUUCCACUGAAUACUUUUCUACCCUCACUUUCUUCAACAGUGAACUUCAAAAGCAUGGAUGUAGCUCUCCGCUGGAGUGGGAGGAGUACGCAUCCGACUGUGAGUCCUCUAUCCUCCAACUGGAAGAUCCAGAUUGCGAGGAUGGAAGCAACCCAGCAUGCGAGUCAGUCUUCUCCCUAAACGCAGAGAAGAUUUUGAGCCAGGCAAAGUUGUUCAUUGAGCAGAAGAGGUUUCCAUUUGCAGUGGACAGUCAAGACACAAAUGAGGAGCUUGCCAUAGGUUAUGUGCUCAUUGGCAAUGGACUUUAUGAUGAAGCCAUCAAGCAUUUCUCUGUGUUGCUGCAGGGUGACCCUGAACUGGUCAGUGCUAUCUAUGGCCGAGGAAUUGCUUAUGGCAAAAAGAGCCUGCAGGACAUCAAGAAUGCAGAGCUGGCACUCUAUGAGCUGAGCAGAGUAAUUGCACUGGAACCCAACAGCCCAGAGGUGUAUGAGCAGCGGGCCGAGAUCCUGUCUCCUCUGGGACGGAUCAGCGAGGCUCUGAGCGAUCUCUCUAAAGCCAUCCAGCUGCACCCCUCAGCCCGCCUCUACAGGCACCGAGGAACGCUGCUCUUCAUAUCUGAGGACUAUGUUGCUGCCAUGGAGGAUUUUCAGCAGUCAUUAGAGCUUAAAAAGAACCAGCCAAUCGCUAUGCUCUACAAGGGUCUCACAUUCUUCCACAGAGGAAUGCUCAAGGAGGCCAUAGACACUUUCAAGGAGGCUCUGAAGUUAAAAUCGGACUUCAUUGAUGCAUACAAAAGUCUUGGACAAGCUUAUAGGGAACUUGGGGAGUUUGAGCUAGCCAUGGAGAGCUUUCAGAAGGCAUUACUGCUGAAUCAGAACCACAUCCAGUCUCUGCAGCUGCGAGGGAUGAUGCUGUACCACCAUGGCAGCCUUCAGGAAGCCAUUGGCAACUUCAAGCACUGCCUUCAGCUGGAACCUUACAAUGAAGUGUGCCAGUACAUGAAGGGCCUGAGCCACGUGGCCAUGGGCCAGUUUUAUGAAGGCAUCAAGGGCCAGACCAAAGUCAUGCUUAAUGACCCGCUGCUGGGCCAGAAGACGAGCUCGGAAUAUCUGAAAGUGAAAUACCUCAGAGAAUACUCUCGCUACUUGCACUCUCAUCUGGACAUAUCUGUGUCAGAAUAUAACGUGGAUCAGGAUCUUCCAGGAAACUUCAAAAACCACUGGGCCAAAAACCUGCCUUUCCUUAUAGAGGACUAUGAGGAACAGCCAGGCCUCCAGCCUCAUAUAAAGGAUGUUCUACCUCAGAACUUUGAGAGCUACAACACUGAAGUUCAGAAACUUAUAUGCACUGCUGAUCACCUCGGUGCCCUUAUGCAGUACAAUACGUCAGGGUUCCUCCCCAAUCGUAGAAUACACAGAGCUAUGGGGAUGGCCACCAUAGAGGUGAUGCAGGCCAUGCAGCGGACCUGGAGCAACUCCAAGGUGCGCGUCAAUGGCAAGACCAGACAGAUGCAGUGGAGGGACAUGUUUGACAUAGCGGUCAAAUGGAGGAGGAUUGCAGAUCCGGACCAGCCAGUUCUGUGGUUGGACCAGAUGCCAGCAAGAAGUCUCAGCAGAGGCUUCAACAAUCACAUUAAUCUCAUUAGGGGACAGAUUAUAAACAUACGAUAUUUGGGAUACUUUGACAACAUACUGAAAUUUAUCAAAGAGCGAAUACUUGUUUACCACGGAGCAUAUAACCCAAGAGGGCUAGUGGAAGUCAGACAAGCACUGGAAAAUGUCAAUAAGGUUGAAGACCUUCUCCCCAUAAUGAAGCAGUUUAACAGUAAAACAAGGGAUGGCUUCACUGUCAACUCCAAGGUGCCCAGCUUAAAGGAUCCUGGCAAAGAGUAUGAUGGCUUCACCAUCACCAUCACUGGAGACAGGGUGGGGAACAUGCUGUUCUCAGUGGAGACACAGACCACAGAGGAGCGGACCCAGCACUACCAGUCAGAGAUCGAAUCCAUUUACAAAGACCUGACGGCCAAGGGCAAGGCCCUCAUGUUGUCCACUGAGCUGGGGGAUGCAGAUGCUGUUUGUAAUUUAAUUCUCUCCCUGGUCUACUACUUCUGCAACCUGAUGCCACUCUCCAGAGGCUCCAGUGUGGUGGCAUACUCGGUUGUCAUGGGUGCACUAAUGGCCAGUGGUAAGGAGGUGAUUGGUCGGAUUCCUCCUGGAAAGCUGGUGGAUUUUGAAGCCAUGACGACGCCUAGUCCUGACCGCUUCAGUAAAACAGCUAAGAGUUGGAUGAGCCUAAAGGGCUUGCCAGGGUGGUACCAGAGUCUUCCUUCAGUGGCUGAGACAUUUCCCACGACAAGAACCAUGAUUGAGGUCCUGAACACAGACGCGUCAUCACACUGUCCGAAGAAGUCCUAAAAACUGUCUCCCGGCAUGAAUAAAAAGGGCCUGUCUUCUCUUCCACCCUCUCUGCUCAUAGACUCACAUGGGACCUUCUCUAUGAUGCACAAUUCAAAAUGGAGAGACACAUUGUUUGUUAAUUGUUAUGAAAAAUAGAAGUUAUUGAAUGUCAGUUCAGAGUGUGGCGCUCCCGUGUAUUUGAACCAUUAGAACUUGUCUUUAAAGCCACUAGUGUGUUAUGAGAUUAUUUUGGAAAUUUAAAAGUUUUAACUUUUCAUGGUUAAAGAUUGUAUCAGCUGAAUAUGUGACAAGAAACAAUUGCCCCUUAUCAUCAGUCAUUACAAACUCAGAGCAGAUCAGAGCACAAUGUAGGGAAAAAAAGUGAUUGUUAAAUUAGGAUGGGUGUCUCUACAUUUUGUGACUUGUUUUAAUCAGGUUUUUAUUGCCUAUAAGCAGAGAAGGUGGCGGGGAGACUCAACAGAAACAGUCCUUCAGGGAUUUAAAGUUCUCCCAGAAAUACUUGAACAUUCUACAACAAGCAAUCUCUUUUAGUUCUUUUUUUUCUCAAGGUUGAAAGGUAACAGUUACUUAAUGUCAUUGUUGGGGAUUAUCAAAUGUUUCCAUCAGACAAUCAUUCUCAUUCUCAUUUUAAAGCACACUUGAUCCUUCCAUGUUGGAAGCUUGCUAAGGUUAGCUGUAGCAACAUAGUUGGACACAUUGGGAUGAUCUUAAAACAUGUGAAUUUGCCCUUACUGUGAAUUGAAUGAUCUUUGAGUUGGCCCAGAAGGCUGAAACUCACGUUAAAUGAUUAUUGUUACGUUUCCCAGAAAACUACUGUUAUUUUACUGUUAUUUUACUGUUCCUUAUCAAUAAUUGCUGUAUGGUGAUUUUUAUUUAAUUUUGCACUGGGUGAAAGAUUAUUAAAAAGCGGAAAAAAAAUACGCUUCUACCAUCCCUGCCCCUAACACUGUCACCAUGAGCAUACAGACAUCCAUGACACCACUCAAUAAGGGUAGCCUGGCCAAUAAAGUUGUUAAGAUGCA